AUGUUAUCAUUAAUCCGGCUAAAGAACAUAGCAUUUACAAAUUUCCCAGAAAAUAUGUAUGAUCAUAGAUUUCAGCGAACGGACCAAUGGAUGCCUGUUUACUCCUGGCUGGAAUCACUGGAGACGGACGAGGUAAUUAAGUCCAAAGAUGUUUUGGAUUGGUUGACUGCAAACCCAGAAAUCAGAGACCAGUUAUACUCCAGGCACUCGCGGUACCAUUUGUUUCAUUAUAUCAAAAAAUGCCAUGUGAAAAUCUUGAAGAGAAAAGAAAAACAGGGAUUGAUAGUCACAAAAGUGUCUCCUGCUACGAACGAUAACAAAAUGGAAGCAAAAGCACCUGUUUCAACAUAUAUUACUGGUAAUAAUUUGAGCAGCAUAUCUAAAGACAGUGACUUGUACAAAGCGAAACAUGCUGAAGCUUUGCAAAAAUACGAGAUUUUAGUCGAGUUGGAGAAACAGCUUUUUCCUCUCUUUGGGAAGCAGGAAAACUGUUGA